AUGCUUGACAGCAGCGAUUGGAGAUUCCCUGGAUACUUCCAAGGAACCCCCUCGACAAUCUUCGACCAGAAUAAUUCGACUGCUAUCGAGGACUUUAAGAUACCUCAUGCGUUUCAGGGGAUUUCAGUGACCAAAUUCGCACAAUUUCCCUGGUUAAACACAGACCUCUCUGCCAGUCAGCCAGAAUGUGGCAAGGAAAGUUCACCAUAUCAGGAAGACACACAACUUUCACCCAAGCAUCCUGGCGAAGCAGAAGGCCCAUAUUCUCUAUCAGACUGUCUUUACAGCUUUCAGCAAAACAAUAUUUGGAACCAAGCACCUUACAUACCGCCAUAUCAGUACCAACCACGCCCAGAUACGAAAAUUAUUCCCGAUAUAGGAGCAGGCGCCUCUAGACCAUUAUUUCAUCCUGGCUUGACCUACGAGACAAGUUAUGAGUCCCCCGACAAUUCAGGUACUGGAACUGCCCUUGGAGAUCCCAAGCUAGAGGGGAAGGAUGUUACCUCCCUCGAAACAGAGAGAUUUCGCUUCCGUACCACCCUCCAAACUCCAACUGCGAUGAUGAAUGAAAGCGGAGAUUCACCCUUGAGUUAUCUCAACAAGGGCCAAGUCUAUUACCUCACGGUAAUGGACACCGCCCCGCCCGCAAAAACAGACAAGAUGACCACAUACCGGACAUUUGUUCGAGUCACUUUCGACCAGGAAUUGGCAAGAUCGAACCCAGCAACCUGUUGGCAAUUAUGGAAAGAAGGAAGAGGUGCAUCCUCAGGGCAGCAACAAGACGAAACCCUAUUUGCUCUCGAGUACGCCGGCGGAGACAGUCCCCAGUUUCAAAUCGAGCACAAAGGAUUCGACGGCUUCUCUGUAACCUGGUCAAUUGAUUCCACGGCCCGCUUCAGCUCAUGCCAUAUCCCAAUCUGUUUCAAUUUCCUAUCUACGGACUUUACCCGCUCGAAGGGGGUUCGAGGAAGCCCCGUUCGGCUUUGUGCUAAGACAGAACAAGUGGCAAGCGACAAUAUCACGCCCGCGGAGUCAGAAGUAUGUUUCUGCAAAAUCCAAGUCUUCCGAGAUCACGGCGCGGAACGAAAACUUUCCAAUGAUCACAGCAACUUGGAAAAGGCGAUUGAGAAACUGAGACAGCGAAUCUCAUACGCAGAACUGGGAUGGGGGUCCAGGAAGCGGAAGCGCGGUAAGAGUAUGACUUCCGCAAAGGACUUGAAAAUAUUUCAACCGGAUGAUGAAUCCGAGCAACUGAGCCAGACUGGUCUACGGUCGAAACUAGUCGGGUUUGAGAAAAUGGCACUGUCUGGUCGAUCAAAGACUUUACUAUCUCUCUGUGGCGAUAAGGAGGAUGAUCCUGAUCUAUACCCGGUUCGGUUGGAUGAUGUUUGUAUCAAGGCUGGGCCUGUCGAGAUUGUUGCGGAUCCAUCUACCCAAAGCACAUAUUCGGAGAGUGUGUCACCGAGGAGUUUUAGUGUGUCGGAUAAGGACACUACGGCUGCUUCAUCAGUUGCUGAUGGGUUAUCCGUUGAACCUAUCAAGGUAAAUCGCGUUGAUUUGAUCGAUCAAGUACCCACAACUCGACAUCUUACUUCAAUUGCAUGUUUUUAUGUUCGGCUUUCGGAGGAUGAACUCCAUGAAUAUUAUCGUGCGAUUUAUCUAUCGGAACGCACCAUACAAGAACUUGUGAGGAAGAUCUCAGAUAAAUAUCGGAUCAAAGCGAUGGACUGUGUUCAUUUAUUUCAUAUCAACGGGAAAGGGCUAAAGAUCAUGGUCGACGAUGAGUUUGUGCAGCAAAUGAUUGAGGGACAGCACAUGAGAAUUGAGUUCCAUCAAAGCACAGGCGAAGGUGAUGGCACAGGCGUUUGUGAAAUGUGGUUAUUCUAUUGA